AUGUCUAGUGAUGAGGAGCAGAAGAAUACGGAAGAAUCUGAGCAGGAGGCCUCUGAUAAUGAAGAGGAGAAGAGCGAUGCUGAAGAGACACCCGCCGCCAACGGUGAGGAUCUUCCUUCUGCGGAUACGAUCCGUCUGCCCCAGCAGGAUGGUGACCCGGUGAAGUUCACGGAGCUGGGAUUGUCGGAGAAGACUAUGAAGGGUAUCGAGGGAAUGGGAUUCGAGACGAUGACUGAAGUUCAACGGCGUACAAUUCCUCCUCUGCUUGCUGGUCGCGAUGUUCUUGGUGCUGCAAAGACUGGUUCCGGAAAGACCUUGUCCUUCUUGAUUCCUGCCAUUGAAAUGCUUAGCGCUCUGCGAUUCAAGCCGAGAAACGGUACUGGUGCCAUUAUCGUCAGUCCUACUCGUGAGCUUGCACUUCAGAUUUUCGGUCAAGUUAGGGAACUCUUGGCGCAUCACAGCCAGACCUACGGUAUUGUUAUCGGUGGUGCAAACCGGAGAGCCGAGGCGGAGAAGCUCAUGAAGGGUGUUAACCUUCUCGUGGCAACACCUGGACGUCUGCUCGAUCAUCUGCAGAACACGCAAGGAUUCGUGUUCAAGAACUUGCGGACACUUAUCAUUGACGAGGCGGACCGUAUCCUGGAAGUCGGUUUCGAAGAUGAAAUGCGCCAAAUUGCCAAGAUCCUUCCAUCUGAGAACAGACAAACUAUGCUGUUCUCUGCCACGCAAACUACCAAGGUUGAAGAUUUGGCCCGUAUCUCUCUCAGACCUGGCCCUCUCUACAUCAACGUGGACCAUCGCAAGGAGCACAGUACCGUUGAGGGAUUGGAGCAAGGCUAUGUCAUCUGUGAAGCUGACAAGCGUUUCUUACUCCUGUUCUCCUUCCUCAAGCGCAACCUUAAGAAGAAAAUCAUCGUUUUCCUGAGCAGCUGCAACUCUGUCAAGUACUACGGUGAAUUGCUCAACUAUAUCGACCUCCCUGUGCUUGACUUGCACGGAAAGCAGAAGCAGCAGAAGCGGACCAACACAUUCUUUGAAUUCUGCAAUGCAAAGCAGGGAACCCUGAUCUGUACCGACGUUGCCGCCCGAGGCUUAGAUAUUCCUGCUGUGGACUGGAUUAUCCAGUUCGACCCCCCAGAUGACCCUCGUGACUACAUUCACCGUGUUGGUCGUACAGCCCGUGGAUCCAACGGAAAGGGACGCAGUCUGAUGUUCUUGCAACCCUCGGAAGUAGGGUUCUUGAAGCAUCUGAAGGAGGCUCGAGUGCCCGUCGUGGAGUUUGACUUCCCGACUCAGAAGAUUGUCAAUGUUCAGUCUCAACUGGAGAAGCUCAUUGGCCAGAACUACUAUCUGAACAAGUCCGCCAAGGAAGGUUACCGCUCCUACCUUCAGGCAUAUGCCUCCCACUCUCUCCGGUCCGUCUUCGACGUGCACAAGCUCGACCUGGUUAAGGUAUCGAAGGGCUUCGGCUUCUCGACGCCUCCCCGCAUCGAUAUUCAGCUCGGUUCCAGCCUGAAAGACAAACCACCACAGGGCCGACGGAACUACGGCAGCCAGCCCGGCUCGAAGUUCAAGCGCAAGCAUAAUGAUGACUGA